AUGGGCCUGAAACUCUUCUCUCCAGAGUUUGCCGCCACCGGCUGCGCAAGAAAGAUUUUUGCUACUCGGUCCAAUUCAGCAAUGUUGGAGCGACUUGCACAUCUAGAUGGGGUUCCUUGGAGCUUGAAGCACACCAUUCUUGUUGAUAUGGGCGGAAUCGCUCUUCGAUUCCUCCCACCAAAGGAUGGUGAGACUCCAACACCAGACCAGGCCAGGCAGAGAAUAUUACCCGAUAAUAAAAAAAGACCUCAAUUCAUUAAGGAUUUCUGUAGGAGACAAAAUCGACUUCUGAAAUGGUGUGGAAAAAUUCCGUGGGAUUUGUGGGAGUGCCAUGUGCAGCAUGCUUCCGAUAUGGAAAAAGGCAUACAGCCAUCCACUAGAGCCGAAUCACAGGAAGAAUUGACUUUCAGCGAAGCCGACGUCGCAGCAUUAGCUGGAAAUAUCUGGAUACUAGAUUCCAAGCAACUUGCGAUCGCACGAAAGAGGGGAAUUAUUACAGAAAUGCCAAAGAUCAAGGAAGAAGCGAUCGACGAUAAAAGCAAGUCAGAUGGGCUUGUGAAAAUCAUUGCUGUGCUCCAGGUACUCUGGCUCGUCGUCCAGCUAGUAGUUCGAACCAUUGAGGAUCUGCACUUCACCCAACUGGAAAUCACUACAGUCGCCUUUGCUGCAACCGCAGUAAUUAUAUACAGCAUUGACUUUAUUAAACCCAAAGACGUCAACGUGCCUUUCUACAUAGAUGUAGAGAAGGCUGUCGAGUACGACGAUUUCGUUGCUACUGCCGAAGCAGCUCCAUUUGCAUAUAUACAGGGCAAGCGAUAUUAUAUGCCAACUUCUACUUUGCACGACAUAAUUGACUACCAGGAUGAGGAUAUGAUCUCAGACGACGAUCCACACAGCCCAGAAUGCAACAUCUGCUUGCAAUGGAAAAGUUUUAUAGACAGCACGCGAUCUAAGAAUAACAAGUGUUCCUGGCGCAACCCUUAUAAACUUUCCCCGAAAGCAGCCGAUAUUUUCUCAUUGAUGAUUGGAUUCGCGUCGGCUACUUCGUUUGGAGGUGUCCACCUCUUUGCAUGGAAUUCUGACUUUCCCACACACGUCGAGAGACUCUUGUGGCGAAUCUCAGCUCUAAUGACCAUCGUCCUGCCUUACAUUUACAUUGCUACCCAUGUACCUUAUAUCGGAUACACGGUCGCAGACAUCCGAAAGCAAAUGAAAUUGCCGAUGAACAUUGCUCUGGGGUGUAUUGCAAUAUGCUAUAUCCCUUGCCGGCUUUUUCUAGUUAUUGAAAGCUUCAGGGCGCUGUACUAUCUUCCUUCUGAAGCCUUCAAGGCAACACCAGCGGUUAUGAGCAUUCCGCACUUGGGAUAA